AGAGCGGGCUUGAGGGAGGGCACCGAGGAGAAAGCUAAGCCGCCUCGGCACAGGGCUCCCGAGAGUGACACCGGCGAUGAGGAGCAGGACCAGGAGAAGGACUCGGUCUUUCUGAAGGACAACCACCUGGCCAUCGAGCGCAAGUGCUCCAGCAUCACCGUCAGUUCAACCUCCAGCCUGGAAGCAGAGGUGGACUUCACAGUGAUCGGUGACUUCCAUGGCACAGCCUUUGAGGACAUCUCCCGGAGCCUGCCCGAGCUGGACAAGGACAAGAGCGAAACGGAAGACGAAGGCCUGGUUUCCUUCCAGCACACUGACAAAGUAGUUCCCAGACUGGAAGAGGAUGUCAAAGGCGGGGAGAAGGUCUCCCAGCCCAGCCCAGAUGUCUCCCAGCUAGAGUCAUCAGCUCCGAAAACAGAUGCUGUGACCGUUGGCCUGGGGCUGGGCAUGAAGAAGCCUGAAGCAGACGGCUCUGCUCCCCACCGGGUCGGCACCACAGACACAGCCCAGGGGGAAGGAGGCCCCCCGGGCAGCAGGGACGCCACAGCCACUGCUCACGCUGGCACCGCAGAGACGGCACUGGCGACCUCAGUCACCAGCGGCUCUGCUGGGAAGGAAGCGCUCACCAGCAUAUUCAGUGCCACUGCGGAAACCCUCUCCACUUCCACCACUACCCACGUUACCAAGACUGUGAAAGGAGGGUUUUCCGAGACCCGGAUAGAGAAACGCAUCAUUAUCACAGGAGAUGAAGACGUGGACCAGGACCAGGCACUGGCUUUAGCAAUCAAAGAGGCAAAACUACAGCAUCCCGACAUGCUGGUAACCAAAGCUGUAGUAUACAGAGAAACAGAACCUUCUCCAGAGGAAAGGGACAAGAAACCUCAGGUAGGUGGAGAAGUUACCAGGUAUGAUUGA